UGCUGUUCACUUCAUAGCCCUGUAUAGACGUCCUGUCCAUUCUGUUGUAAACAUACCCUCCCCCAAACAAACUCCUCAUAGUGCCGAAAUCAGAUGAAGGGAGCGUUUAUAACCAUCUAUAACUAUAACAACGAACCAAAACAGUCCAGGCCUGCUUUUCAGAGCCUGAAUGUUCACAAAGGUGCGGUACUAGAUCGAGGGUCCCAGCCUCCCUUUGGCGGCUGGAGGUGGACGGGGUCCGGACCCGCUGCACCGUGACUGAUGGGCGGACAAUACCGGCGUGCAGCGCCCUAUUCGCACUGCCCACUGAUGCGAUGAAAGCACAGGACGUGGGAGAAAGGUACAAAGUCACGCUUCUGUUUCCUGACUAACCCCACCCCUAAAGAGAAGCGCACCCACCCCCUGGCCCACAGACGGGCAGUGCAGAGCAGACUGCAAACCCCGGAGAACCGGAGCUGGUGGACGCGUCGCAGCCCGCAACCCGCUGGAGUCAGACAGCGGAUCUUUUUAUUAUCAGCCAACAUGUCGCACACCGUGAUCACCACCACCACCACCACCAGGACGUCCGACGGAGGAUUCCUGAACGUCGGCUACAUACGGACCACCGGGGGCAUCCUGAAGAUAUCGCAGAUGGUUGCGCUCCUGGUGGCCUUCCUGUGUGUGCAUUGCGCCCGUGCCUGGCCGGACUGGCCGGCGUUCCGCUACUUCGAGGUGGUGACGCUGUGGUUCCUCUUCGCCUUUCUCAUCUUCUUCCUCAUGCACAUGUUCCGGCUGCAGGCCAAGAUCGCCUGCAUCAACUGGCCCCUCAUGGAGUUCCUCCACUACACCGUUGGCUCCAUCCUGGUCCUCAUCGCCUCCAUCGUGGGCUCGGUGAAGAGCGGAGGGAUCUCGGUGCUGGUGGCGGGAUCGGUGUUUGGCUUCAUCGCGACCUUCCUGAUGGCUGUUAGUUUGUGGACGUCUUACAAAGUGAGCUGUGGCUCCCAGCAAACAGGUGCCAGUGUUUAAGGUCAGAGGUCACAUGAAGGAACACAUGGUCCUGGUGCUCUGUCAUCAGAUGGCUGUGUAGUAGUCAUGGCUAAUGGCUAAAAAUGGCAAGUUGGACACUGAAUUUACACCGAUUGGAUCAUUGAUCAGAACGUCGAGGGAACCAAAGUCUGCAAGAGUAGCAGUGCUGAUCCAGGACGGGUGCAAGACCGGACUACCGUUGUUUCAAGAUCGUCACAAACUCCUGAUCAGAACCUCUACUCUCACUUGGCUCUCGACUUCUAGGGCUAAACAUUUAUAAUCAGUAUUACGGCAACAACAAUGCCACAUUUGAACGUGUCCCCUUUUGCCUGUCAAUUCGGCUUGAAGUACAAUUUGGACUGAAGUACAUCUACUGCGAACCAAACACAAGUUGGGGUUAGCCCGAAGACUGGGUUCAGUGUAUCAAAUUAGCUGAUUCCAUUUUGGACAGAGGACACACUGAACGACCCUGGAGAAGGAUCACAAUACCUUCAUGAGGUGUUACGGAGUAGAAGGAAGAGGAUUUUAUUUUGGAGCCACACUAGCAUUAGGCACACAGGUAGGCCUUCGAGGUUUGGUUUGUGUUGACCUACUAGCUAGUUUGCGGGAUCUUUGUUCCAUUCCAAGGUCUGGAUUCACCCCUCUUUCUUUUUGGAAUGCUCACUUUUUUUGUACGUUGACUUUCUCUGACAACAGGAUAGUGCCUUUGGAGUCCACUUAAAAAACAUCACAAAAUAGAAAAGAAUACCUUUUAACCUUUACGGCUUAUUUCCCUUCUCAUGUUAUUCUCCUGUUUUGCCAAACGUUUGCCAAAAAUGUCAGUUUACAAGUUUACAUUCACAUACAAAAAAGCAACUGAGGAGAACAGGUUGCAGGUCUAAUGGGGCUGGCAUCAUCGAGCCAAUACUGCCGCCCUUGGUGCCCGGUCGAAUCUAACCGCUUCAGGCACUGGGUAUUGUUACCACUCAUCCAUCCUGAAUUAGCCACGUUCUGUUCCAUCAUCAUACCCUCAUCCCACAUCACAGAAGCAAGAUACGCUCUGAAUGCAGUUUCAUGGGGUCCUUUACACCACAAGUACAACCAGUAUUAUGAGACCCGAGUUUGAUGACCAGUGUUAUGGGCCAGUGCUGUCUGAUGUCAGAAGAUGUCCAGCAAUGUGCUGCUGUUGAUAUUCCAGAGCGGUCCGGUUUGGACACUGCCACUCUAACAUCCCCAUCUUCAGGCUUCGCUGUGAAUGUCGAUCUUCUCUCAGUCGCACCGUGUACAAGGUUCUCCUCCCGGGAGGAACCAGGGGUGGAGCGAUGUCACGCUCAGGCCACGCCCUUCCACCUGGUCAUGAUGGGUCUUUAGGUGCCAUAGUGGGCCGUAACGUGCCUUAUAUCCAGCGUUGGAUCCGGUCAUGAGUCCAAGGCCACCUCCAUGGCAGCCACCGUGAAACCACAGCAACUUCCUUGAAUUAUUUACCGGGAAUUGCUCGCCGCGACUCCCAGAAAUGUAUUCCUGAAGUUAUUGAAUCUCAAUACUAGGCUGCCUUGUAGCCAAAAGAGCAGGCGGCCAAGUCAGUAUUUUUUUUACAAAUUUGGGUUUGAGAAUUUCAACCAGACGUAUCUUGCCUCGCCUAUUCCUAAUCGAUCAUGCCAAAACAUCCUCUUUUGGACCAUUAUGACGCAUGUCAGUUUUAAAAAAAAAAGCAGAGAUUCAUCUGUGACUAUCUUUUAUACUGGACUAGCAGAUUUUAGGAGUAGCUUUGCAAUUGUUUAAGCUAGUCUAUACAACUCAAUUCAAUGAAAAUAGAACAUCAUGGAUUAGUUAGAGCCGUGGUGGUUGAUGAUCAGGUGGUGAUGAUACGAAAACGACCCCAACGUCGGGAAGUGGCCGUAGAUCGUUCCAGACUUACUCCAGUUCUGCUGGUGAACGCGAGUGUCGGGUCAUCCCCCAGAACCAUGGGCACCCUGUGCCUCCUGACCUGUGUCUCCUGGCCUGUGUCUCCUGGCCUGUGUCUCCUGGCCUGUGUCUCCUGGCCUGUGU